GCCAAGCCAAGUUUUCUUUUCCCUCCUACUGCGUAUUCGGCGUGUUUUCGGUGUUUGAAUAUUUCGAAUUUCACUUAAAGUUUGUGUUAUUUUCCAGUGUUUAUUAAUCAUUUAAAGGUUCUUAGCCAUAAUUGUUUAUUUUAAGAAAUUUACCAUGCGUAAAGUAUCAAAAAGCCGUGCGGACGACGAUGGCAUUUCAUCUGCCAACGGGUCGGUAAUAAAUGAUGAUCGGUCUGAUACACAACAAUCCGACCAAAAUGAUAAACUUACCGAGUCGGACGCUGAAGCAUCUAGAGACGAAUCCGAAGAAAAAGAAGUGGGAAAAAAAGGAAAGUCUUCUAAAAGCAAAGGCAAGAAGAGGAAAUCUGAGAAAGAGGACAAUGGUGCCGAAGAAGAAUACGAGGUGGAAAAAGUGGUAGACUCCAAGAAAAUCAAAGGGAAGUUGCAUUAUCUUAUUCGCUGGAAGGGUUAUUCUGCUGAUAGUGAUACUUGGGAACCUGAAAACACUCUCUCUUGCCCUGAGCUCAUCAGCAAAUAUCAUGAGGAAAAAGGCAGUUCAACCAAGAAAAAAGAGUCUUCUCCAAAGAAAGGGAAGAAGAGAGGAGCUAAAAAGGAAAAAUCAAGUCCUAAGAAGGCUAAAAGAGCCAAGACUGAGUGGGACAGUGAGAAUGCUGAUGAAAAUGCUGAGUAUGAGGUUGACCGUAUCUUAGAGGUUCACCAUGGCAAGAAUGGCAAAAGGGAGUUCCUGAUCCAUUGGAAAGGAUGGUCUAAUAAGUUUGAUUCUUGGGAGCCUGAAAAUAACCUCAACUGCACAGACUUGAUCAAUAAAUUUAUGGAAAAGGUGGAAGCAGCAAAGUCUACAGACACUCGCAGCUUAAGAGUAGCACCUGGCACUACCAACCGCUUUACCCUACAAGCCCCUUCUUCGGGCCGCAGACUCAGCAAGAGACGUGGCCAGAAGCAGAGAGUUCGCUACGACGACGCAGAAUAAUGUCAAGUUCUCUCUCCCAUAAGUUGAAGGUGGUAGGACUUUGUAAAAUUGUAAGCAAAAUAUGUGUCCGUAUCUUUAUCUUAUUUUUUUUCUACUACAACUGACACCACUGCAACUGAAUAUGAGUUUCUCAUCGAAAGUCAAUGAGAAAUUAGCCAUUAUACCACAAUUAUAUAAUAUUGGUUUAAAAGAAAACUUGUCAUUUUCUUAACACAUUCACUCUAAAUCUCUCUCUCGCUCUCUCUCUGAAUCUGAAACUUGAGGCUUGUCGUGACCCAUAUGCGAGGAACUGGAUGGUGAACGUCUUUUAAAAACCCUUCAACGCAUACCCAACCAUAAAUUACGGUUAUAAUAUUCAACACAGUGGAGUAAAUGAUGUACUGGAACUGGAUACUAUCCAGUUCCAGUACCAGUGGAUAGGUUUACCUAGCUUCUUUUUAACCAUGUAAAGUCACGUGACAAGCUAUGCGUCUUCAAUUCGUGAUUUUUGUAUGCUAUGUACAGGUUUUACUAAAUAUUUCCUUUCCAUCCCACUGGAAAUGCAUUUUUUUUAUUUUGGGAUAUGUAAGUGUCCCAGGAAGGUUAAUGUCUGAUAAAAAAGUAAAUGAAUAAAUUUCCUUUCCAUCCCACUGGAAAUUCAUUUUGUUUUAUUUUGGGAUAUGUAAGUGUCCAAGGAAG